UUACCCAUUUCCUUCUUCCUUCUUUCUACUUUUCCCUUCAUUUCGUCUUCCACACUCAUCUUUCUCAUAUUUCUCUUCCUCUUAAUUACUUCCCCUCCUUAUUUCUCUUUACUUCCGCCAUUUUCUUUCAUUUCUUCCUUUUGUCAUCUUCUCCUUUCUUCACUUUUCCUUUUCUUUCAUCCAUUCCCUUCCUCCUCUCUUCCAUUUUCUCUCAUUCUUUUUGCUUCAUACAUUCCUUCCUUUAAUUUCAUCUCCUUUAAUUUCUCUCAUUUUCAUUCUUCCUUUAAUUUUAAUCUUAUUAGUUUAUUUCUUUUACAAUUUACAAGUUUGUUUCAAUUAAUAUUGAUAUCAAUUUUAUUUUUUGUAGUAGGGACCAUUGUUGGCGAGACCCACUACUCCCCACGUCCCAACCAGGAAAAAGGAAAAAACCUAAAACAGGAACUUCAUCCCCAAUCUCAAAAACCCAGUUUCCAGAUCUAGGGUUUUUCGAAUCCUUAACAAAUGUACAAUGGAAUUGGAAUGCAAACCCCUUAAGGUUCUGGAACCGACGGCUACUUUCAAGUUUCAAUCCAACAUGUUUUUCGUCAAGCCGAAGGUGAAUAAGAUCACCGAGAACACCAGGGGUUUUGAGCUUGGUUAAGGCACCACCAGCCUCACCAAGAAACACAACAGGGACAUCCUCAAGCAGAUAGAGGAAGGAAAAGUUCAAGGUCUACCUUGAACCAAAACCUCAGCAAAACCCAAUGAAUCGGAACCCGUCCAGUCCAAGCUUCGUUGUGGUGGCGGUUUGAAUCCCAGAGCAACCUCCUCAUCUCUCUUCGAUUUGAUAUUGAUUUCUCCACUUAAAUAGAUCAGCGAAAAUCUCUGUGUAUGGAAAAUUCAAUCAUUUCAUUGCUGAAGAUGUCUUUCGGUGGUGCGGCAAUGGGCGCGCUGACGACAAGUGGAUCAGGUUUGUCCUCAAUAGAACAAGUGAAGUUGGAGAGGAAGAGCGAGCUCAGGAUCGAGGUAGGAAACGACACGCCGCUUCGUCUCUGCCUCCUCAACGGUUCGGCUGAGAUCUAGUGUGAACAUGCAUUUUUCGAUAGAGAUGCUAGGUGGAAGAAACGUUAUGAUGAUGAUUUUGAAACUAGAAAAGAUGAUAAGAAAAAGGGUGCUAAUAAUGUUAACUGGGUUAUGGAUAGAUCUGGAAACUGAGUUUUUAAGAUUGGGGAUGAAGUUCCUGUUUUAGUUUUUUUUUUUUUUGGUUGGGACGUGGGGAGAAGCGGUUCCGGCCAACAGUGGUCCCCACUGGUUUCAUCGGGUUAAUAACGUUAUUUGAUGUCC